AUGGGGAUCGAUCCCAUGACUCAUAGGCCUCGAACUGAUAUGCUCUCCAGUUUGCCUUAUCUCAUAGCUUUGGCUAACCUAAAAGAGCUUAUGGAUCAGCACCCAUGGGAGGAACAGGCUUUAAAGCUUAAAGCUGAAGCUGUUCAAAUGGAUAAGCUUCAAAGUUUGCAAUAUCUUCUUCAACUAAACUCAGCUUCCAUUUCAUGUAGUUCCAAUAGCAUUAAUAUGCACAAUACUUUCAAUUCUAACGUGGACGCCAUUAAUCUUUUAAACCCAGCUUCUCCAAUCAAGGAUCCAUCUCUGCUAGAUAUAGCAGCAGCAGCGGCUUCUCUUCAAGGUCUCCGUGAUUCAACUAUCCCUUUCCCUCGUUUACCAGACCUACAAGUCCCCUGUUCUUCAAGUUAUAAUGGAGAAGCUGAUAUUUCGGUUUGGCCUCAUGAUGAUCAUCUCAUCUUCGAAGACCCUUUGUUCCAUGAGCUUUCCUAG